AUGCACCAGAGUCCUGGCGCGCAGAAUACUGCUCGAUGCGGAAAAGCAGACGACUGCAAGUGUUCCGCAAACUGUGCUGGCGGCAGUAGUCCUGCUGUUUGCAGCAUGCGGUCACAUUUGAAGGCUGCCGCUUCCCAUGAGGUUAUUGUUAACCAAGAUACCCACUCUGAAUCUUCACAGGAGUGCGAGUGGCCGUCGUCGAUGGUGAUAGAUGAUGAGCCGGGAGUGGUUGUGGAGGCGGAACGCGCUUCCUUGCCUCUCGUCAGAAACGAUAAAAGCAGCAGCUCAGGGAAGGCGGGGAAGGAAGGAAUGGCCCAGUCCGUUCUUUCAUCCCGGAAAGGGGUGGUGCCGAGUGCACCACUGCCGAUGUUUGCAUCUGCAUUGCCCUUUGGAUCGAGUUGCGAGGAGAAAACCGGAUCUCCUGCUGAUGGAGAGGAAGAAGUGAGGUGCUGGUUGCCCGGAGGCAUUAGCGGUUCCCUUCCUCGUGCGACCCUGACGCCAUCAGAGCAUGUUGAGGAAGUAGGGACCGGCGCACGACACAGGGAUCCCGGGGAGUUGGUGCAUUCAUCCACAAUUAACGCAAGCGGAUACAACACUUCAGAUGAUGCACAUAGUCAAACGGAGCGAAACAGAGUUGGGUUAUCGUUAGAGCUUCAGCAGCUGUUCGCAACGGGUGCAGCAGCGCAAACCCAACCGAAACACGCGGGUAUUGGCGAUGACGUUCCUGCCACUGUGAGUGACAACAAUAGUAGCCGGGGUAGUAGUGGCGCUGCUGUCAAGCGCGGGGCGAAGGACGUCGUAAAAGGGACGGACUUGCUGAUGGAAGCUGUAAAUGGCAUGAAUGCUCCUAGACCAACGAAUAGAAAGACUCCAGCGAAUGCCAAUUCACGCCGUCUGUCUUCACCAUCAUCACCCAGGAAGGCUUACUUGUCACGGGAUAUGUUUGCUGUGUCACAAGAACGAGCUUGUGAGACAUCAAUUGCCAAAGCGGGUUCUUUUAUUUAUCGCAAUCAGUUUAUUCACCAAAUUAAAUCCGCGGGGAAUACGGGCCAAACAGAUGAGUCAAAUAGAUGUGAGCUUAACGGCUUCUCACCAGCCUCGAAUUGUUUUGUAGAUGGAAAUAAGAAGGAUAAGAACGAGGGCACUAAUUUGAGCGGCGUGGCUGCGGAUGGGGCGAAUAGCAGCUCCUGUGUACAUGCACGACAAGUCACGCCAAAGAGGCACCCUUCCACUGGAAAUGCGAAAUCUGUUUUACCACUUCCUUCGAUAGACUCCCCUCGAGAUGUUGCACAGAGCGGUAGCAACAAUCCCGGUCGUCCUGGCGCCGGUGCACCUGCGUUGACUUCACAGCAACUGCAACAAAGCUCCGUCUUGGCAAAAAAUACUCAGAAGCUGGUCUCCCCCGCCAUUGGUUCUUCCCACUGGCCCUUUUUGCCUACACCUGAGUUUGUGUCUAGCUUACAAAUUUACGUGAAUACAUGUCUAGGUCUUUGCGAGUCCGAUAUGCAGGCGAGACAUAACUUCAUUACCCGCAUUCAACGCGUUGUGACAAAGGUUCUUGGUCCUCACGCGGAGGUAAGAGUACAUGGCUCUAUUACGACAGACCUUGCGCUCGCUUCCAGUGACAUUGAUCUACUGGUUGUAGGGUACGAACCGCUUACACCGUUGCAAGCAAUUCAACAACUGUCGCGGGCUAUUCUUCACAUCAGUGAAGAUGAAUUGCAAGUGCUGGAGUCUGAGGAAACAGGAGAGACUAGUGCGGGCGCGGCAGGUGAAGGGUCGUCCCAUGUAUUUGUUGAAGUGAGCUCAGGUGUCGCUGAUGAGGGUGUGUUGGACGAAAAGGGUGCACCAAUUCCUUCUGUGGCGGAGUUGGAAGACGUCACGUUGGGGCCAGGGGGUGAACUUGAUGCUGGAGAUCCCAUCAUGCGGAUGGAAGAGGAGGAGGCCGAGUACCGUUCUCAGAUUGAACGAGACUAUUUACUUAGUACACGAGCGGGGCUCACAUCGGCCGCAAUGGUGAAUUCUUUGCCCUCUCAGGGUCCAAAGAAAGCUGCGAUGGCGCUUCAAGGUUACAUGGGUCCGUUUGCAGCCACACCACUGCAACCCCCUCUCCUGCGGUCGCUUGUAGAAAAUGGAAUAGUGGCAGAUUUAUCAAUGCCGAUUCAUCAUCAGCCCAAUGCGGGGGGACACCGACUGUACGUCCCGACGCUUGAAGGUCCCUACUUUCAGGUUCAGACCAUCGUUUCCACCCGAGUACCAGUCAUCAAAGUGACGGAAAAGGCCACUGAGAUGCGGGGCGACAUCACCUUCGCUGGUGGCGAACACUGGCGUUCGAUGCAACUGACGAACCGUCUGCUGAAGCGGUACCCGGCGUCAAGGGGGCUUAUAUUGUUCCUUAAGCAUUGUGUGAGGCAAAUGGGAAUAGGUGACUCACAGCCAGGUGGUGUGACUUCAUUUGCCAUCUAUCUUAUGGUACUACACUUUUUUAACGAAAUCUCUCGACACCUGGAGGGGAUUCUUCAGCAGCAACAGGAAAAACAACAGGAGCGCGAAGAUCGAGAUAAUGUGGUGACGAAUUCUGGAAAUGAGGGAACGACAGGGACCUCCAGCGGGACGGGCGAUGGUGUUACUAGCGGUGUGCACAUCAGUGGAACAAGUACACCGACGCCCGGAGCAACGAUGCCUUUGGCUUCUCUGAAGGCAACUGCCGUAUCUUUGCCUGCCCCUCAGCAAAGGUCACGUUUUGACGAUAGAUUCUCCUUGGUGGAAAUGAUGCUUUUGCAAAGAGUUCACCCCUAUCAUGAGGAGAAGGGCGGCAAACAGAAUACGGCGAGCAUUUUGCAUUAUAUCCGUACAUUUCUUGAAGAGGAGGAAGUGUCUGUGAGUGGCGACGAAGGCGGCAAGGAUCGGGCGGCAGACCUCAUAAAGGAGCGAACGGGUGCCAAACUGGUGGCGCCAUUGGAUUACGAUGCUGUUUCAGGCGAACUUGCGUCCUAUGGGCAGGUGCAACAGAAAGCAGAUGUGGUCUUUGCCGCAUGUGAGGCCUUGGAGGUUCCGGGCUUAACUUUAGAGCAAGGCGAGAAUGAUGUUAAUAUUGAUGAUCACGAUGGCGGUGAUGACCAAAAAGCAGUAGCAGAAUUGAAUCACGUAGCCGAGGGCAAAAAUUCUGACGGUGGAGGAAGCGGGUGCCUGCAGGAAAAAGAAAGGGAUGAAACGGAGGAUGCGGCGGAUAGCAAAGCUAGUAUUUUACGCUCUCUGGCACUACGGCUGCUUUCUACUUCAUCGUUGGGGCACUUGUUUCAUGACUUUUGUUUUUACUAUGGUUUUACAUUUGACUACGACAAUCACGGCCUGUACUUUGAUCCACUUGGAAACUCUAGCGUUGUGCCAAAGCCUCGGAAAUGCCAGCAACGGGGGCAGCAUUUGUACAUGACGUCACCGUUUGACGACCAAUACGAUAUCACCGCGCGCAUGUUGCACACACGCGAGUUCCAGGAGCUUUGCCGCAUGUUUGUUCCUCUCACGACUCCACUGGCAACGAUAUCUGGAUACGGUGGAGGAGGCUGCACGCUCCAAGAGGUACUGGAGUGGAUAUCACCUGAGACGGCCUUCGGGGAGCUUAUGCAAGUUCACGCAGCCAUUCAGCAGCAACAACAUCAGCAGCAGCGUGCAGAUGUCGUAGGGACGCAAUUUUCAAAGAACGAGGAAAAAGCAACGGUUCCGCCAAAUCUUUCUGAGGGUGGCGGGGGCACGUCACUCGCGCAACCGCCGUUACGCUGCGAGGUGGAAAGGAGGGAUGGAAAAAGUUCAUCUCCCCACCCGACAUUCAAUAGUGGCGUGGAGGGAAAUCUGCCAAAAGACACUCGACUGACACGUCGCCGGGAUACAAUUUUGCAGAAGACCAGUGGCAGUACCACCUCCAAUGAGCUGCGCAAGAAAGAUGACCGGGCGACGCUGGAAUCCAAUAGUGAUGUGCCUUCGGCAACGACUUCCCUCACACCCUCUUCCGGCGGCUUAAUCUUGACACAGCCGGGGAGCAAGACGAUUUCUACGGAACAUGGAACCGCCGAGAUGACAGGAGGUUGGCCGGCGACUACGCCUUCGAUGCAGCGGCAGAUGAAGCGUCGCGAGGGGGGAGCAGAGGAAUCAGCAGUUGUUUCUGGUGGUGGUGGCGCUGCUGCUUCUGGGACGCUGUCGUCUUCGCAGCCUGUCUUGGCGGAGGCUGCGAUGCGACCGCUCACGCCCGCAGGAGCAUCGGUGGCGCCCGGUUCACUCACGGGAUCUGGAGCCCCUGUGGGCGGGAAUGUAAGCACCGUGGGUGGGGAGGCGGUUUAUGCGCGUGCUCAGCACUCCCGUUCGAACCCUAUGCAACACCAACACCAACACCAGCAAGUACCGUUUUCUUUUCCUCCUCCAAUUCCCAUGUUUUUUGUUCCUCCAAACGGCGCCGGUGCAGGAUACCCUGAUCCGUCACAGUUAUACUUUCCGAUGCCGUACCCACCAGAAGCGAUGCUGCAUUAUUAUCAUCAUAAUCAUCACUAUCAAAAUCAUAAUUACAUGAUGCCGUUUCCAUACCUUGGGUACGAGAUGAAUCAGUUUUAUCAACAAAGUGCGGUUUUUGACGCGCUAAAUGCUGCCGCUGCAGCUGGUGGUGGUGGUGGUGGCAAUAGUGCGGGGGGCGGCCCCACAACCAAUCGUCAGGGAAACACGCGCGGAGCUGGGCUUCCUUCGCCGGGCGCACGUCAGCGCGCGCGUGGCGGGGCCCAUCGCGGCGGCAAUAGCGACUCCGUUAAUCCCGGAGAGAAGGUGGCGCCGGGAAGACCUGCGCCUGUGGCUCUGUUAGAGGAGCCGACAGCAGCGGCUGAAGGUAUGGCGGUUGACGGCGUGAACAGUAACAACAACAAUACUUCCAAGAAUACGAUGAUGGCGGUAUUGCCAGAGGGGCCUUCAACGAGAGAGCGGCAACCGGGUGUCACCGAUGUGAAGGAAAGACUGCAUUCUGAAGAUUCUUCUUUUUUAGCGCAAGAGGUUCAGCAGCACCAGCAGUUUCUUCAACACCAGCAGCAGUUGCAACAGCUUCACCAAUUUAGCCUUAGCCACCAAUAUCAUCAGCAACAAAAUGGCUUGAAGUUGAGGAGUGGCGGGCAACAACAUCAACAGGCGUUCUGGGGACACCAUCCACAUGCUUCAUUGAUGAUGCAACAUCAAAUGUAUGCGUUACAGAGUAGCGUCGAUAACUCCGUUUCUAAUGCGUUGUGCGCCUCAAUCCACGGGGGAGCCGUUUUCCGGCAGCAGCAACAAAACCAACAACACCAGCAACAAAAUACAAGCGGAGCGACAUAUCCGGUUGCUGCAACACCCUUCGGAUUAUCCAGAAUGCCUACCCAUGAUAUUCCCACGUCCAAUUUGGCUGUUCCAAUUUCGAAUGAGGGUCAACAACAGCAAAAGCAUCGGGAACAGAUUUCCACUGCAGCUCAUAGAUCUGAGGGGGCUGCUGCUACUAGUGGUAGUAGUAGUGGUAGUAGUAGUGCUAGCAGAAACGCUAGAGGUGGAGGUACCGGGCGUCCGCAUCACCGAGGACAGGGGGAGGAUGUUGGAGAAGGAAGAGUUGCAGAAAUAGCGUCAACUGAAGGCACUCACGGCAAAAACAACAGGCCCAAGUAA